AUGCAUCAGCCAGUUCCAGGAAAGCCAUACGCUGAACCCAAUAUCACCGUCAACAGGCAGCGGCUGAAUGCGACUCUACAAGAAUGUGUGGAACAGAAGAGGGAUCACCACAGAGACAAAGUGUGUCGGGUCAUUGUUCUCACCACUCUGCUCUACGGCUGUGAGACAUGGACAGUCGAUCAACGUCAUGCCAGGAAGCUGAACCACUUCCACACCAUGUGUCUCAGAAAACUCCUUGGCAUAAAGUGGCAAGACAGGAUACCAGGCACUGAGGACCUCACUCGGGCUGGUCUGCCCAGCAUCUACGCCAUCCUGAUGCAGUCACAGCUUCGUUGGGCAGGCCAUGUAGUUCGCAUGCCAGACCACCGGCUUCCAAAGAGACUGUUGUCUGGCGAACUGCAACAAGGAAAGCGCUCCAAUGGAGGCCAGAAAAGGCGCUUCAAGGAUACGCUAAUAGCGUCGCUGAAGGCCUUCGACAUCAACCAUAACACGUGGGAGCAGACAGCUUAA